CUGCGGUUGCUCGGGGAGGUGGAGCCUGGGGCCACCCCCGCGGGCAGGUGCCGGAUGGCGGCGGGGACCCUCGCCCCCCGCCCUCCCGAUUCCCUGCAGGAAUUCCAGUAUCCCCCCCAAAACAGCCCCCCCUCCACCGGGGGGGUGCCCCCGGCCACCGACCUGGUGCUGGGGGCCACGGCCGGCUGCCUGGCCUGCUUCCUCACCAACCCGCUGGAGGUGGUGAAGACGCGGCUGCAGCUGCAGGGCGAGCUGCAGCCCCCGGGCACGUACCCGCGGCCGUACCGCGGGGUGCUGCGGGCGGCCGUGGCCGUGUGCCGGGCGGACGGGCUGCGGGGGCUGCAGAAGGGGCUGGCGGCCGGGCUGCUCUACCAGGGGCUCAUGAACGGCGUCCGCUUCUACUGCUACUCGCACGCCGAGGACGCCGGCUGGACCGGGUAUCCCGGCGGGACCGUGGCCGCCGGGGCCGUGGCCGGGGCGGUGGGAGCCAUCGUGGGCAGCCCCGCGUACCUGGUCAAGACCCACCUCCAAGCCCAGACACUGUCGGCCAUGGCCGUGGGCCACCAGCACAACCAUGAGAGCAUCUCCGGCGCUUUCAAGAGCAUCUACCAGCAGCACGGGGUGGUGGGGCUGUGGCGGGGGGUGACGGGCGCCGUGCCCCGCGUGGCCGUGGGCUCGGCCGUGCAGCUCGCCACCUUCGCCUCGGCCAAGGACUGGGUCUGCGAGCGCCAGUGGUUCAGGAAGGGCAGCUGGGCGGCGGUGCUGGCGGGGGGCAUGGUGAGUGGUGUGGCUGUGGCUGUGACAAUGACACCUUUUGACACGAUCAGCACGCGUCUCUACAACCAGCCCGUGGACGCCGACGGCACGGGCAAGCUCUACCGAGGGUUUUUGGAUUGUAUCCUGCAAAUCUCCAGCAAAGAGGGGCUGCUAGGCUUGUACAAGGGCCUCGGCGCCGUCUACCUCCGCCUCGGCCCCCACACCGUGCUCAGCCUCUUCUUUUGGGACAAGCUCAGGAACAUGGUUCAGCACUAGCAGCCCCCAGGGCUGUAGGACAGACUCCUGCCACCACCACCGAUGUUAAUAAAGAGGUUUUUCUAUU